GCGGGCUGGUCAGGUGCAGGGGCGUCAAAACAUCAGCUUUACACGACACAGGGUCACAUUAUUUCACAGACAAACAGACGCGCCCUCCACUAUAUGACAACGACACAACAUCCACAGGUUCCAAACCAACAGCAGACCUUGAGCAAGGCACAUCGCAGAAGAGACAGAAGCAAAGGAGAUAUAAUAUUGAUUAUAUUGUACUUUUGGAGCUGCAUUCAGUAAUUGGACCUACACCAACUAUUUUAUCAGUUGAAUUUGAUCUCUUUUGGCCAGACCACAUGAACAUGAUUGGGAAAACUAUUUUGCUAAUCUGUCUGGCUGUCUUAUUUUCUGCAGGUAAAUACAUUUGUACAUAUUUCAUAAUUCCUUUCAAUAUAGGAACUGUAGUUUGUCCAAAAAUUACAAAGGUCGUACUGUCUAUUGUGCUGUUCAUUAGUAGUUAUUAAGUGAUUAUGAUAGUAAAGAAUAAAGAACAAUAUGCUCAAUUCUCCUUAUGUGUCACAUUAGCAGAUGCAGAGGACCGAUCCAGACUCUACAGGAGGGUGAGGCUUCCAUUCAAAUGUUAUCAUUACAGUUCCCUAUACUAAUUUGGCUACUACAAAUUAAUUCAUGUGAAUUUAAAUGUGUGAAUAUAGAACACCAACCAGGGUUGGAGUCAAAAAAUGAUAUAAACUUGAAAUGUUAUUUAAUUAUUUUAUCAGCCUUCCUGUGGGGAUAUGAGCCUAACCCAGGCGUGCCCGCUCAACUACUCCCCAGUGUGUGGCAAUAAUGGAAACACUUACCCCAACGAGUGCUCUCUGUGUGUUCACCGGCUGUGAGUCUAACAUAUAUCAGUUUAAUUAUACAGAAAUGUUUCCUCUCUAAAUUUAAAAUACAACGAUAUACAAAUAAUACAACAAAAAAUCGUAUAUAGUAGUACAAACAAUACAACUGAAAAAAUGAUGUGUGUGCGCGUGUGUUUGUGUGUGUCCUCACAGUCCCCUGCCGUUCCAUGCUGUUUGCUUGAGUAAUAGGAGAUGGAAAGGAGUUCCAUGCGAUCAUGGCUCUGUAUAAUACUGUGCGUUGCCAUGAAUUCAGUUUGGACUUGGGGACUGUGAAGAGACCCCUGGUGACAUCUCUGUACAAAGAGAUCUGGCGACGAGGCUAGUGUUUUCGUGCCCUGCCUAUGACAAAAAGUAUAUGUAAAACACAGAAUUAGCCCAAAAUUAGUUCACUGGAAUAGACCAAAGUCUUAAAAUAUUCUGCAAAGUAUGCUUUCUUAAAUAAUUCUGUCUCUCUCUCUCUCUCUCUCUCCAGGGAAACCAAUGCAGACAUCUUGAUAGUGAAAGAUGGAAGUUGCUGAAGAGAAGGCCUACUGAUUAUUCUGCCGUGGAAGUGAUAAUAUUAUCACAUGUAUCUUUGAUUCUUUCUGUGAUUGUUAGAAUUGGUUGUAGAAGUUGUUUUUUAUGGAACACCCAUGCAUGCGCAUACACUCACACACUCACUCACACACACUUUAUAUAAUCAUAUUGAUUUGUAUUACAUUGUAACACUAUCUUUGUAAAAAAUAAAUAGAUUUUUCAGUCCCAGCUCCUGUAGAAUCCUUUAUCAUUAAAUGUCCAGAUGCUCCU